UUUAAAUCCAAAAUCAGGGGCAGAAGCUCAGAAAUUUCAACUGCGACUAGCGAGUUCAGACUUCAGAGAGAUUUCGCCGAUUGAACGCCGGCGAACACACGCAAGAAGAACUUUAGUCCCGUCGCCGGAAGUAGAAGAAGAAGCGGAAUUGAAUUUGGAGGAAGUAAAUCAUGUCGACAGCAACAUACCCACCGCCACCGCCGUUUUACCGGCUGUACAAGGACUACAGCAAUGACCCGAAAUCCGCUCCGGAACCCCCUCCUCCCAUUGAAGGGACUUAUGUCCUUUACGGGUGCAAUUACACUACUGAUGAUGCUCUUCCAAGUUUGGAGGAUCAGGGUGUUCGCCAGUUAUAUCCAAAAGGGCCAAAUAUUGAUUUCAAGAAGGAGCUGCGAUCACUCAAUAGAGAAUUGCAGCUACAUAUAUUGGAGCUUGCUGAUAUUCUUGUAGAGAGGCCAUCACAGUAUGCUCGGAGAGUGGAAGAAAUAUCUCUCAUCUUUAAGAACUUACAUCACCUUCUCAAUUCAUUACGUCCCCACCAGGCCAGGGCAACCCUUAUCCAUAUCCUAGAACGUCAGAUACAACGGCGUAAACAAGCUGUUGAGGACAUUAAAAGAAGAAGAGAAGAAGCACAAAAACUUUUGAAGGAAGCAGUAGGGACCCUAGAAGGGCAGUAAAAUGCAUAGUUUUGAAAAUUAUUAUUAUAUUGUUAGUUUGAAGAAGUAUAUGAUUUAACCUUGUCUGUAAAAUGCAAUAGUAUUCUGGUGAUGAUAUGUAAGUUGCAGACAACUGUGUUGGUUA